AUGUUCCCCGACUACCGCUUCCGCCCCGUGCACAACAAGAACAAACACGCCAACGCCUCCUCCUCCUCCUCUUCCACCUCUCCCGGUACUACCACCAGCGACGAGUCCAGACGUAAGGAGAAACAGCCGACGACGGAGGAGGAUGAGCGGCGGUGCGACGAAGUCGCUGCUUUACUCUUAGAAGGCAAGAAAGGCGAGGAGCUCGCGCGGGCUGUGCGCGAUCUCGAUCGUCAGCGCGAGGAAGAGGAACGCGAGCGCGAGUUAAGGGAGAUGGAAGAAUACGACCUCGACGUCGACCUCGGAACCGACGACCUCCCACUCCCCACACCGCACGACGACGGAUCAGCCGCACUCCGCAUGCCCGCUCCAUCCUUCAUCGACCCCUUCGCAAACUCGCAAUUCGCAUCGAAUACACAUAUGUACCUUCCUAAUGCCACCUCUUUCCUCCCUCCCCCUCCUCCAAACGCGAUGUACCACCGCCGCUCAUCGUCCGUCCCGCUCCCGAACGACUGGCACCCACACAACUUUUCCCAAUUCAGCACUUUCACACAGGGCACCAAUGCCAGUACCAGUUCCGGAAUCGCACUGCCCACGCUCCCAGCGUUCACGUCGCUCUCGCGCCCUGUGUCGCCCGUAGGGUCGAUUGCUCGUUUCACCACGCAGACGCAGUUCACCAACCCUUUCUCGUCAUCUCACAACGCGAACACGAACGGGAACGGGAAUGGCGAAUACGAGUUCCUCCCCAUUCCGGAAUUCACACCCGCCGGCUCAUCCUUCCCAUCCACCGCCCCCUCCUCAUCUUGCUCCUCCUCCUCUCCCCACUCAAUCCCCCCCUACACACCCACAACACAAAUCCACCACCCACAACCAACCCCCCUCCCCCUUCUCCCAUUCAUGACCCAAACAACGCCGCGCUCGUCGUUAGGUCUUGGCCAGAGGAGAGCGAGUUCGGCGCAGGGUGUGUUGAUGCGGGGGUGGAGUAUGCCUUUGGGGUCGAUGGGGGGGAUGGGUUCUAUGGGUGGUGUCAAUGGGAUGGGCGGGAUGAACGGGAUGAACGGGAUGGGAUACGAACAGGCCGGAUCGUUCAUGCACGAUAACGUAUUCGACUACUCUAUGGACUUCUCCAUGCCCUUGAACAUGCCCAUGGAUAUGUCUAUGAAUAUGAAUAUGGGAAUGGGAAUGGGAGUGGGUGCAGUCCAGCGCGACCCCAGCCCCUUACCGGACGUCGAAUCCGGUCUCUUCUCCGACUUCUCCUUUGGCUCAUCAACCUCCUCAUCUUCAUCCAACUCCACUGUGCCUGCCUCCUCCACCACCUCGCCUUCUUCCCAUCCCUCUUCCGCGUCGCUCUCCUCUGCGUCUUUUCCCUCCCUCUCCUCAAGCACCCCAGCAUCCACAUCCACAAGCACAAGCACAGGCGGUGCCUCCCCCCACGCCCACGCCCACACACACUCAACCUCCCUCUCAAAACUGACAACCGAAUUCUCCUUCUCACCCACCGAGCUCCCGCCCGACUCUGCGCUUUCUCCAUCCCCCUCACCAUCGUCCUCUUCCGCGAGCUCGCCGUUGAGUGCGGGCGGCGCACUACUUCCCGAGACGCCUUCGACGGGUGUCCCACCGGCGUCGGUGCAGGAUGUUGAACAAGAACACCCCGUAGACGCCACCGCCGCCACAGCCUCCAGCGCCGACUCUAACGCCCAGGCUGGCACCGAAGCCGAAGCAGAUAGAGGAAGACUCCCAAGCCUCGAUAUAUCCGCGUAUAUGCACCUCGAUGCCCAUCUCGACGUGGAUGGGCUGUACGCCGGGGAUGCGUACGGGUUUGAUGGGCACUGGGGUGUGGAUCCGGUGGAUAAGCGGAGUGGUGCCGAGAGUGUUGGUGUGAGUGGGGGAGGGGCGGAGUUUGCUUGUGCGUAA